AUGACUACUAAAGAUUUUGAAUGUGGUUUUUGUAAAUCCACUCGAUCGUUUAAUAAAUUUUUUGAUUAUUUUCGUCAUAUUACGCUGUAUCAUGCCAGUGAACCGAAUUUUCAAUUAACAUGUCAAAUAUUAGACUCUUGCGGUGUAACAUAUAAAACUUUUACAUCAUACAAGAUGCAUAUACAUCGACAUCAUAAACUGCUACUUAAUCCAUCAUUACAACAAGAAGAAAAUAAUGUUACAGAUGAAAUCAAUGCAUUAGUAAUUCAGCAACCUGAUAUAGCAACAACGAAUACAUUUAUAUGCGGAAAUCAAGAUGAUGCUAAUGCUAUGGAUUUAGAUAUUAAUUUUGAAGAUUUUACCGAUGAUUGGGAAAUGCCUAUCCCGAAUAAUUCUUAUGCUGAUAACAAUAUUGAUCUUUCCGUAAUACAUCGACAAUAUAUUAAAUUUCUCCUAGAAAUGAGAGAACAACAUAUUUUGCCACAAAUGGUUAUACAAUCAAUUACCACUCAUAUUGUUAAUCUAUUAGAUAGUGUGAUGGAACUUAUUGUUGAACAAGCAAAACAAGAAAACGUAGUACAACAGCAGACAACAGCAACAAUAUCAAUUGAUAAUAUGCGUAAAACAAUGAAACAGAUUGAAGAAUCAAUUAUUGUUUCAACCCGAAAUGAAUAUCAAUUCUUGCAAUCAUGUAAACAAUUUUUUGAUUAUUCACCACCAAUUGAAAAAAUUCUUUCAUCAAAUCAGACAAAAAAAGAAUAUUCAUAUUAUAUAUCAAUUAAAGACUCACUAAAAAAACUUUUAGAAAAAGAUGAAAUGCUAUCUAUUUUGCUCGAAAAUAUUCAAAAUCACUCUGCAAUAACACGUAGAGAUUCUGAUUUGAUGUUUUCGUUUCGAAACGGAAGUCGAGGUGAAAAUAUAAAUAAGAAAACAUUUUUGAUUCAACUGUAUGUUGAUGGGAUUGGUGUAACCAAUCCCAUCGGACCUAAAAAAGAUCAACAUAAAUUAACAGUUAUUUAUUUUACAUUAGAAGAUAUACCGGAAUUAUUCCGAUCUAUAUUACAAUGUAUAAAUUUGGUAACUAUUUGUUAUACGAAGUACUUGAAUGAUGACACAAAAAUUAAAAAGAUUUAUGAACCUAUUAUUAAUGACUUGAAUGAUUUACAAUCAACUGGUUUAAUUAUUAACACAUUUAAUAGUCAAAUAUUGUUUACAUUUACAAAUGUGGCCGGUGAUAACUUAGCUCUUCACGAACUUGGAGGUUUUCAACAAAGCUUCAAUUCUGGAUAUAUAUGCAGAAGAUGUUUAAUAACAUAUGGAAAUCGUUUAAUACCAUUAACUGAUAUUUAUUUUAUUCAAAGAACUGAAGCUCAACAUCAGAGAGUUUUAAAAUCACUUGAAAAUAAUCCACAGGUAAAAUCUAUAUUUGGCGUGAGUGGACCAAGUGCAUUAAAUGAUUUACAUAAUUUCAAUUCUACUCUUUCAUUACCAGCUGACUGCAUGCACGAUUUUUUUGAAGGUGUCUGUCCGUUGAUUAUCAUGGCUAUGCUAAAGGAAGCAUCACGUUCACGAUUAAUUACAUUUGGUGCUAUUCAAACUAGAACAGAAAAUUUUGUUUAUGGUGAAUUAGAUGGAUCAAACAAACCACCUUCAAUACAAGUCAAACAUCUUACGAACGAAAGAAUCACAGGAACAGCAGCACAAAAAUAUUGUCUCUUCCGGUUAUUUCCAAUCAUUUUUUCAGAUAUAGUGGAGCAUUUGGAAUUAUUUAAAAUUUAUCUUGUUUUACGUGAAUUAUUAGAUAUGAUAUUAGCUGUACCUCAAAGAAAAAGUUGGAUACCUUAUAUGGAGACUCUAUCAAUUAAUUUUCAGUCUAUGAUGAUAGAAAUGUUACCUGAGAAAAUAAUCCCCAAGAUUCACUUUGUUACAGAAUAUACAAGAGUCAUAGAAGAAAAUGGUCCUCCAGUAAAGUAUUGGUGCAUGAGAUUCGAAGGUGCACACUUAUAUUUUAAGAAAGUUGCUAUGCAAUCAUACAAUUUUAAGAAUAUUCCUAAAACACGGGCAAAACGAUAUCAAUUGCGACAAUGCUUUUUAUUAUCUAAAGAAAAAUUUCUUAGAACGUUUGAUGAAGGUAGUGGUGGCCGAAUGGUAUAUAUGAACCAAAUAGAAUCAAAAAUAAAAAAUCUUCUUAAUCGACGAUAUGGACAACAAGUAACUGAUUCUAAUCAAGCUUUGAUGCAAUACUCUCAAUUGAUUCAUAAUCAUAUUAUUUAUAAGCAAAAUGCAGUUUAUGUUUACGAUUUAGCACAUGUUGAAGAAAUUCCAUUAUUUUUUCAAAUAAUUUAUAUAUUAAAAUUAAAUCAUCAAUGGUUAUUUAUUGUUGACUUUUUGAAUACUGAGAGUUUCAUUUCGAAAUUAUGGAGUUAUAAAGUUAGCUCAUCUGGCCGACUCGAAAUUAUUUCACCAUUUGAUUUACAGUUUUACCACAAAGGACUUGAUUUAUACGAAGUUAAUCAUAUUCAUGUUGUUAAUUUAGCAUCAAGAUUAACCAAAGAAAAUUGA